UCCGUCUGGCAGGAGACUGUUUCAAGAAGGUUGCGGAACUCAAGAGUGAUGUCAAGCACGAACAGGUAUCCAACUAUAUAACCGCCUCACAAUGCUACCGGAAGGAAUGGCCUGAGGGCGCUCUGACAUGUCUGUCGGCGGCAAUUGACGGGUAUACGGAUAUGGGCCGGUUUUCACAGGCAGCGAAGGUAACUAGAAGUGUUAUGUAUGCUCAUGAGAGAUUGUGGGAAUAA